AUGAACUGUAUGGCAUUGGCUCUUGAUCCAAUAACCGAACGGUUCACACAUUUUAGCCGACCUUCACAAAGAUGCAGACUCCAGUCUCUUACCAACCUCGACUUUAACUUUCUCGAUUUCAAUAACACCAAUCUCAAUGCUUCACACUCCUUGAACCAUCGAAGCGUUUCCACUCCAUGCUUCUCUAUAGAUGACAAUUUAAUCAAAUCCGCUGAUGCUCCUCCUCGCAUUGAGAUUCUCGGUGGUCUAAGCGUUCCCACUAUACGCGCCCUUGUAGCUGAAGUAUCCAUAGCUAUGGUUUCAGGAGCUCAACCUUUGCUUCUACCAAGUGGCUUAGGAGGUGCUUAUCUUUUACAAUCCGGUAAAGGCCAAAGCAUUGCGGUCGCAAAGCCAGUUGAUGAAGAGCCUUUAGCUUUCAACAAUCCUAAAGGAACAGGCGGUUUAAUGCUCGGACAACCGGGGAUGAAACGGUCUAUUCGUGUUGGUGAAUCCGGAAUCCGCGAAUUGGCUGCUUACCUCUUAGACCAUCAAGGCUUCUCUAGCGUUCCACCAACCGCAUUGGUCAGAAUCUCACAUGUUCCUUUCCAUGUCAGUGAUGGUGACUCCGCUUAUAAAGUUGCUUCUUUGCAACGAUUUGUGGGUCAUGAUUUUGAUGCAGGAGAGUUAGGACCAGGGAGCUUCACGGUUGGAUCGGUCCAUCGGAUUGGGAUACUUGAUGUGAGACUAUUGAACCUCGACAGACACGCAGGUAACAUGUUAGUUAAGAAGAUACAUGACCAAGACAACGGAGUUGGAGCUGCGGAGCUUGUGCCUAUAGACCAUGGUCUUUGCCUACCUGAAUGCCUUGAUGAUCCUUAUUUUGAAUGGCUUAACUGGCCUCAAGCUUCGGUUCCAUUUACCGACACUGAGCUUCAGUAUAUAUCAAAUCUUGACCAUGUCAAAGAUGCAGAGCUUUUGAGAACCGAGCUAUGCUCUAUCCAAGAAUCUUCCAUACGAGUUCUCAUCGUCUGCACGAUAUUCUUGAAACAAGCAGCUGCUUCAGGGCUCUGUCUUGCAGAGAUAGGCGAGAAGAUGACUCGAGACAUUUGCAGAGGGGAAGAGAGUUGUAGUCUGUUGGAGAUUCUCUGCACCAAAGCAAAAGCAAGCGUGGUUGGUGGAAUUGACGAAGAAGAAGACGAUGAUGACGAUUAUAGUAGCGAAUGGAAUGAAGUAGAAGCGGAGCUCGAGUGUGGGAUUUUUCAGUUUGACGAUGAAUUCGAAGAUACAGAAUGCAAAGAGCAGGUGUCUAAACCACCAUUGUUUCGAAGAACACCAUCCAUUGCUGCCAAUCUAUAUGCUCUCAUGCUAUGUUCACCGAACCAAUGGAUUGUUACAAACAAUGAUGCAAACAGAGACGAAGACAAGAAAGAUAGGAGUAUCGUGAGGAGCAAGAGCCAUCCGAUUUGCGUGAAUCAUGAUGAAACAGAAGGUGUUUACUUCGGAGACAUGAGUGAAGAUGAAUGGGAGAUGUUCUUGCAUAGUUUCGAGAUGCUUUUGCCAGAAGCACUUGAAGGCUCAACAAGCAAAGGACCAAAGCCAAGAUUUGGUUCUUCCUGCAAAUUCUGA